AACAUUGGUCAACCGAUAUUCUAUGCCUAUAAAUCAACAAACAAAGACUCGUAUAUUUCCACAAACCCUAGCUGCUAGAUUCACUGUCUUCAUUAGCUUCUUCGUUUUGUCACAAACCCCACUGCCCUUCUUCCUCUCUCAACUCAAUCAUGGAGAAUCCCAUCAAUUACAAUUUUAUUGUCAGAUUAAAACCCAAAACAUAUAGAAACUCGCAACAUGUCAAUAUUGACCAACUACCAACAACAUUCCCUGUGAACUUCUUGCUUUACAAGCGAGAGAUCUACUCUCUUCAUGGGGUGUAUAGAAGACCCGAGGCCAUAAGCCGCAAAAUUAUUCACAUCUCGGUUGGAGAUUCACCGAGUCAUCACAUUAAUGAUUUCAAAGAGAUCUUGACCGACAUGGGCAUCCCUGAAAUCAAGAUAUCACAGAUACUAUUCGAAAUUACAACGAAGGCGCAUGGCAUUGAUACGUCUAACGGCGUAUUCAUGUUUGUCUCAAUACGGAAGACAAUCUAUCAAGAAGCUAGACUUCGUAAUGAAGAAGAUGAUAUUGCUAGAGCUGAGAGGGAGUCAAUGGAGGUUGAGGCAAAGCCAAUCCCGGCCACCAAGUCAUCUAUUGAUGCAUUGGAAAGGGUGGUUUUGGACGCCUCGGCGUCAGCGAGAGACUGCACUGUUUGUAUGGAAGAGAUUGACGCAGGGAGUGAAGCAAUUCGGAUGCCGUGCUCGCAUGUCUAUCACUCAGAUUGCAUUGUUAAGUGGUUGCAAACUAGUCACAUGUGUCCUCUUUGCCGCUAUCAUAUGCCCUGUGAAUACUUGUGAACAUGAUCAUCAUCAGCACCAACUAGCUUUUCUUUGUCCUGUUUAGGUUUU